AUCAGAGAAGUCCCAAACGCAAAGUACAAAUUAUUUUCUGCGUUGUAAAUAAAAUUGAUAAGCAAUGACAGCUUCGUAAUUUACGAAUGUAUGUUAAAACUAAGUCGUGAAUAAAGUUAUGGAAUCCAUUCCCGUUUCCAGAAAACGUAUUAGGAAUCGAAAGAGAAAGCGACACGGAAAAACCAAACGCCUUCAGCACGAUCGAUUCAAAGUUGAGGUUAGGUCUGCGAAACGUCAAAAAGUUUUUGCUGGUUGCAGUGUUUAUGUUGCAAAGGAUAAAUUAGUAGGGAAAGCAAUGGAAGCCAAAGCUUUUUGGGAAAAUUACACGACCGCUCAGCAGUGGCAACAAACGCACAACGUAAUAUGGUGGAGAACCCGUUGCCAGUCAUUGGAACAUGAAAAUGAGCUCUUGCGGGAUACAGUGAGACAUCUUGCACGAACGAGACAAUGCCACUGUCAGCGAAAAGGCCAAGUUCCAAAUGAAGUUCACAAUCAGAGCGAAGCCGCAAAUAAAUUCCAGAAUGAAGCUAGGAAUCAUUUUAAGAACGAAGCUAGAAAUCAGUUUCAGAAUGAAACUAGGACUCAGUUCCAGAAUGAAGCCCAGAAUCAAUUCCAGAACAGAGCCUGGACUGGAUUCCACACAGACGCCCAAAGAAAUAUUGAAGCAAAAGUGGAGGAUGAACCAGCUUCGGACGAUGAAAGUCUAGAGUUUGAAUUAAACGAUGGUAUGAUGGAUUUUCUGAAGCAGAGUAUGCAACACAAGCUAGAACUUAAACAGAAACGAGAGGAAGAGGCCUCGGAAGAAGAGGAAGAAGUUCCUUUAGAAGGAGGAGCUGCCUGGUUGAAGGAAAGAACCGAGAACGCCAAACUUUUAUAUGGAGAGGCCAGUCCAAGAAUUUUAGGGAUGGAGACUGCUUUGCAAACGACGAUUGAUAGGCAUAAAGAUAAAGCCAGACCUCAGUACUGGCCGAAUAUACCUCUGAAACUGUGAUUUGCUUUUCCUCCUUGCAAGAUUUCUUUUCAAUGUAUUAUCCUUUUUAUAAGAAAGCAUUAUUUUCUAAAA